GCGCAGCUGCAACGAUCUCAUCGAGACAGUGAAGAAACUCUUAGUUGUUCAAGAUGGGGCGUAUGCAUUCAAGAGGAAAGGGGAUCUCUGCAUCUGCUUUGCCGUACAAGCGUUCACCUCCGACAUGGCUCAAGACCACCGCACUCGAUGUUGAUGAGUCGAUUUGCAAGUUUGCAAAGAAGGGUUUGACUCCAUCUCAGAUUGGUGUCAUUCUCCGUGACUCUCACGGUAUCCCUCAGGUCAAGAGCGUUACCGGAAACAAGAUCUUGCGUAUUCUCAAAGCACACGGUCUUGCUCCUGAGAUUCCUGAGGAUCUGUACCAUUUGAUCAAGAAAGCAGUUGCUAUCCGCAAGCAUUUGGAGAGGAACAGGAAAGACAAGGAUUCCAAGUUCAGGUUGAUUCUUGUCGAGAGCAGGAUCCACCGCCUUGCUCGCUAUUACAAGAAGACCAAGAAGCUUCCUCCAGUCUGGAAGUACGAGUCUACUACUGCCUCCACGCUUGUUGCUUAGAGAGCAUGAAGUGCAUGGAUUGAAGUGGAGUUGUUGGUCGUUUCUAUUCGUAUCAACUAGAGUUUUUUUUUCUCAUUUUCGUUUUGUGUUUGUUUUUUCAAGUUACAGUUGUGGUUUUGAUGAUUUCAAGUAAAAAAACUUUUUAAUUAUUUUCUCAA